AAGAGAAGAAGAAUUGUCAUUUUCCCGCUCUAACCUCUGUAAUUUAACUUAAUUUGUAAAGAGUAGAGAUUUCCAAUAAUUAUUUAAAAAAUGCCACCCAGAAGAAGUACAAGAAAUAAAACCCAGUCCAAAGCUUCUGAAGAAGUUGCAGAAAUUGAAGUGAAAAAUGUUGAAUCAGAAGAACCACCAGCCAAGAAAAUGAAAUCAAAAAAGGAAACAAAAGACAAUAAUCCUAACCCUCAUGAAGAAGAGAAUACAGACCACCAAGAAGUCAAAACAAUUUAUGAAUUCUCUGCCAAAGAUAUAAAUGGCAAAGAAGUUUCCUUGGAAAAAUACAAAGGUCAUGUAUGCAUCAUCGUAAAUGUAGCUUCAAGAUGUGGACAUACGAAAAGUAAUUAUGAACAAUUCGUGGAGAUAUUUGAUAAAUAUUCAGUGGAGAAAGGUUUGAGGAUACUAGCUUUUCCUUGCAAUCAAUUUGGCAAACAGGAACCUGGAGAUUCAGAAAAGAUAUGUGAGUUUGCCAAGAAAAGAAAUGUCAAGUUUGAUAUGUUCGAGAAAAUUGAAGUUAAUGGUAAAAAUGCUCAUCCACUAUGGAAAUUCAUCAAAGAAAAAAUAGCUGGGCCAAAAGGAUAUAAUAUUGACUGGAACUUCACCAAAUUUGUAAUCGACAAAGAAGGCAACGUUGUUGAGAGACUGAAACCUAGUGUGAAACCUCUACAAAUGGUCGAAGUACUAGAAAAAUAUUGGUAGUUGACUUGUUCAUCAUAUUUUAAUUCUUGAGGAGAUAUAUUCGUUUAUCACUA